AUGACUUACUCAUCCAGCGGGUCUUCACUCGUUCAGGCCCUGGAUAUGGAUAUGGCAUUGGAUAUCGAUCAGGAUAAGGAUUCCUCCUCAUCCAACAGAAAUAGGGAUGCCCAUGUCGAUCAAUUGCCAUCAACAUCAACCCUGGCUCCCUCAAAUUCACCUUCCUUUUCUUCCUCGGAUCUGUCCGAGCUGCAAUCAAUUCAUCACGCUCGCUCAGCUUCGCAUCAUCAUAACCACAACCACAAGCACCACUCUCGUUCCACCAAAUCCGACAAAUCCAUCACUCACAAUAUUCUUCAUCGUGCUCAUCUUCACUUGCAUCGAUUCGGAACUGUUGAUGAAAAAACCAGCGACGAACCAGCCGACCACAGUCAUUCCCAGCUCCACAACACCGGCCACCAUUCCCAUCACUCGCACCAGCGUCUGCACCGAAGCGUCUCGCCAUCCAACCUCCGUCAGCGCGCUGCCCAGCCCGACAACGCUCACUCGCACGCCGAUCCCAAUGACCUAAAACCUCGCGCUGAGCAGGACCUUUUCACCCAGGUUGUCCAGACUGUGUCGGUUGUCCAGGUUGUUGACGCAGCCGGCUCACCUAUCGAAGUUCAAACCCACUACGCACCACCUGCUACCGUCGUCGUGGAUUCUGCCACGGGCGUCACCGUCGCCGCCAUUUCUGACCCGGAGCCCAACAUUUCCGUGGCGGCCGCGGCGUCGGAUCCAGCUCCAGCUGCAAGCUAUAAUGCCCCGUCACCUCCUGCUGCCGCUCCGACCGCCGUGGAAACACCAGGGUUGACCAAUCCAUUACCCUCCGUGCAAAUUCCAGAUGCAACCGUUUCCGAUUCAGUGCCAGAACCUGUCAACGACACGACGUUGCUUCCGACCGCCGACCUGCCAUCCGACCCGGUCCCCCCAACCAACCCCGUGACCACUACAGACCCUGACGUUGCGAGUCAAGAAACAACGUCACCAGCUGCGCCCACUACCGCUGUCGACACAACGGCCUCGGAUGUUAGUGGGUCAGAAACUCUCGUAACCACCGAUGACCUAAGUGCCACGACUACCGAUGAACCAACUCAAAUAGAGACCACAUCCGACUUUACAUCGGAAGCAACACAGGUCACCGAAGAGACUUCAGAGGCAACUGCUGAAGCCACCACGGAUGCGACUCAAUCUGAAUCCAACCCUCCAACCACCACAACAACACCGACUACAACAGACACAGCUACACGAGCUCGCAGUUCUUCCACUGUCGUAGUGGUAUCAUCCACCUUUGUCACAUCUUCCGUCAACCCCACGCUCUCAACACAGAACUACUCAGAUUCCGUCUACUCGAGCAUAUCGGCAGAAGAAACUUGGUCCUCAGGGUACUGGGGGGAAGACGACAGCGAAGGAGGAGUUGGAGGAGCUGGCGGCGCAACAGCAGACGGCCAACCACCGGCACCAACGAACUCGUCGAGUGCCAAUGACACCGAUACUGGCACCCUUUCGCCCCAGCAAAAGCAAGUGAUUGGUGGCGUUGUGGGUAGCGUUGCGGGUGUGGCGUUCUUGGCGUUCUUGGUCCUGUUUGCUCUCAGGUACAAGAAGAAGCACCCUGGAGGUGGUAUCCUCGGAGGAAACCAAUCUGGGUCUCGAUCAAUCGCUGGCCCCAUGUCUGGCCCUGACGGUGGAUCAAUGGCAGAGCGCUCCAGCGCAUCUGCUGCUGUGUCCACCGUACUUGCGGGACUGAUAGGCAGGAAACAACAACAAACACCCGAACCCGAACCCGUUAGUGAGCGAGGAUUCUACCGCGUCUCAGGAAAGAAGCUGCCCUCCGUCCUUCAAGUGGGCGGAGAUGGUUACUCUGAUCCUCGAACUGGACCUCCUCCUCCUAGCAGUCGAGCAAAUCGAGAAAGCGUCAUGAGCGGCACCUCUGACUACUGGAGAGGUUCCAUGGCAUGGGAUCCCAGACAGCAAGAUUCACAUCAUCUCGCUCUUGGAACACCGAUGCGGCCAAUAAGUGGCGUGCCUGUCAUCCGAUCGGGUCCGGCACGUACACCGGUCACAGAGUCAAAUCCUUUCACUGAUCCUCCAAGGCCGAAACCCGAUGGGGAUGGCCUUGGAGGCUCAACGGGUGGAGGAUCCGUCGCUUCUCGUGAUGGGUCGUUUGGCUCGCCAUCUAGAUUCCAGGAAAGGAUCUGA